GUUCUGCAGCAUGGCGGCACGGCAGACCCUGAGAGUACUGUGCCUCGCCGGCUUCCGGCAGAGCGAACGGGGCUUCCGUGAGAAGACUGGGGCGCUAAGAAAAGCGCUGCGGGGUCACGCAGAGCUCGUGUGCCUCAGCGGGCCACACCCGGUAACCGAGGCAGCGGCUUCCGAGGGCGCAGGGACAGACUCGGGGCCCUGUUCUCCAGAGGAGCAACCUCGAGGCUGGUGGUUUUCUGAAGAGGAAGCAGACGUUUUCUCUGCUCUGGAAGAGCCCACAGUGUGCAGGGGUCUGGAGGCGGCCCUGGAAACGGUGGCACAGGCCCUUGACAAGCUGGGGCCUUUUGAUGGACUUCUUGGCUUCAGCCAGGGGGCUGCAUUAGCAGCUUUUGUGUGUGCCCUGGGUCAGGCAGGUGAUCCUCGCUUCCCCUUGCCAAGAUUUAUCAUACUUGUGUCGGGGUUCUGUCCCCGAGGCCUUGACCAUAAGGAACCCAUCCUGCAGAGCCCCAUAUCAUUGCCUUCACUUCAUGUUUUUGGGGAUACUGAUCGAGUCAUCCCUUCUCAGGAGAGUAUGCAAUUGGCUAGCCGAUUCCUUGGAGCCGUCACUCUCACCCACUCCGGUGGUCAUUUCAUUCCUGCAGCGGCAUCCCAUCGUCAGGCCUACCUUAAGUUCUUGGAUCAGUUUGCAGAAUGAAGGAUUGACAAAUGUCUCUGCACUGUUCCCACUUCUCUAGCAGCUGGUUGUCUAAUGCCCUGCUGGGGCACUCCUCACCAUGGCUAGUUAAAAGACAACUGUCAGUUCUCAGGACACACACAAGACCACAGAGCCUGUGAGAAGACAGUGGUGGGCAAGUAGGGGCUGUCACCCUGUGAUUGCCAAACAAUAAAGGUUUAGAUUUUGAAUGUCUUUCUCCUGCACAGACCCCAGGGCAACACUGAACUAGCAACUACAUGCAGCUGUGAGCCCCCCAGAACACAUUUUUUGGUAGAAGUCGUUUUGUAUCUGAAUUUGGCUUAUUGUGGAGGUCAGAGGGUAACUGCAGGGAGGCGAUUCAACUGAAUGCCGUCUUUCUGAACUCUCAUCAUUGGGCUUGGCAAGUCCAGCCUGCUGAGCCAUUUCACCAUCAUUCUGUGGAAGCCAGAUACCUUGGUGACUGAGUCAGAAAGUUUUACAUUUGAGGAGUUUGGGGAGAGAACACUUGGCAAGGCUCUGCUGGGGCCCAUCCGCUUUUAGGUUUCCUCCAUCCUGAUUCCUGAGAAUUGGGAGUUGGCUUCCUUUUGGUCCCUGACUUCGGUCUUUGCUUUCUCUUCCAUAGCUGUUCCGUCCGUCUUAACUCUGAGCCUGAGGGCUUUGGUAGUACUGUAGGAUGGAUAGAGGCCAAGGACAGCCCAGAGUAAGCUGCCUUUUCCUAACGAACCCAUCUGCAGGGUUCUGACAUUGCUGCUACUCACAGUUGAUGUGUUGAGAAAGUCUAAGCUUAAGGAGCCCACCCGGCUUAACCUCUUGUCAUUUUUCUUCUCCUGCCCAGUGCCCAGUCUUGCCACACACAGGCAUGCUUUGAUUUCUGCCUCUGAAAGACAGUUUUUUUCUAAGAUGUCACAAGGUGCCUAUCCAGUCCUAAGCCACAAUAUCCUCUAGGGAGCUUGGUCACUGAGCAAGGGUUAAGAGUUGGCCAGAUACCCCACAUCCUUCUUGGAAUAAUAUAUGUUCCUUGACACACAAGUGUUUCAAGGCAUAGAUUAGAGAAAUGGUUCUGUGGUUAACACAGGCUGCUUUUUCAGAGGACCCAGGCUCAGUUCCCAGUGUCCACAUUGUAACUCACAAACAUCUAAAGUGCUUAGUUCCAGAGGAUCUAACUCCAGGUCUUGGGGAUGCACAUGACAUGUACUUAAAAGUCAGUGACCGGGCUGGAGAGAUGGCUCAGUGGUCAAGAGCACUGACUGCUCUUCCAGAGGUCCUGAGUUCAAUUCCCAGCAACCACAUGGUGGCUCACAACCAUCUGUACCUCUUCUGGUGUGUCUGAAGACAGCAUAAAUAAAACAAACAAAAAUAAGAGAAUUAAAAGUCAGUGACCUUGGGGCUGGGGAUUUAGCUCAGUGGUAGAGCGCUUACCUAGGAAGCGUAAGGUCCUGGGUUCGGUCCCCAGCCCCGGAAAAAAAAAAAAAAAAAGUCAGUGACCAAUGGCUGUGGUGCUACAUACAGGCAGAGGACAGUCGGGUCUCCAUAGAGAAACCUUAUUUAAAAAAACUACCAGGUGGCAGUGGCAUAUGUCUUUAAUCCUAGCACUCUGGAGGCAGAGAUAGGAGGCAGAUCUCUUGAGUUUGAGGCCACCUUAGUCUACAGAUGGAGUUCCAGGACAGCCAGAGCUACACAGAAACACUUUUUGUAGCUUUUGUUUGUACAAAACAAAAAGAUGACCAAGGCAGAGUCUUCCCAGGUAUACCCUUCCCUCAAACUCCACUUAAAAACUCCACUUAAAAAGGCCUCUGGCUUCUUCAGGUCUUAAGACUUCCACCAAAAGACAGCAAGAUGGCUCAACAGGAAAGGCAUUGGCUGCCAACACAUGCAGUGUUGUACACACUAAAUAUUUUAAAGUUUCACAGAAGGAUAGACUGGAAUUAUACCCCAAAGUCCCAUUUACUGAUUUUAGAUCCCUUUGUAACAAGGCUGGGGUGGGAAGUUAGUCUUUGUGCCUUGCUCUCGUCUUUUAGGGAUUGCUUCUGUGACAAAAAGAGAUUGAACAGAUGGACUGCUAUAAACCCCAUUGGCUUUGGCCUAUCAGUAGUCUUUGCUUUUCUGUAAAUGGUUGGUGGAUCUGCAAAUCAGUACUCAGACCCACUGGCAAUCAUAGGCUGUCUCUGUGAGUCAACCUCAAGCUGGGGAAAAGGAUAACUCGUACUCCUGGGUAGCCCUAUAAAGGUGAAGGUCCAUGUG